AUGGCAACCAGCUUAGAAGACAGGAACCUUGGAAGAAAGCUAAGUCAUCGAGGAUCCUCGGUCAUUGUCGCAAGCGAGAUUAUACCACCACCUGUUCACUUUGAGUCAUUCAGAAUAUCCGAUGAUCAAUUGAAAACGAUCAAGAAUAAAAAAAUUCGCAAGUUUUAUGAAAGACAAAACUCAAUGAUAUCAAGAUUUAUCCAUGUUGAUAAAAUUAUCAAUUCUUUGGAAAAGGGCGAACUGUCAUUGCCGCAUAAUUACGGUAGUAUUUUAGCGGAUGAAGAGCGCGGUUUUGUUUGUGCAGCAGCAGGAGAAUCACAACCAUUGUUGUCUUCCAGCCGGUCAACAACACCCGAUGUAGAUGCUGACAAGAAGUCUCCCAUGUGGAUAGUACAUCUAGCCAUCAAUCUAUCCUUCUUUGCCAACAUUGCUUUAUUUCUUACCAAAAUUAUCCUCGCAUGGUUUUCAGGCUCGAUGGCUUUGCUCGCAUCUGCGUUUGAAAGCUUUUUAGAUAUAGUGAGCAAUGCGAUCAUCUUUUUCACUGUACGCAUCAUUCGUCAAAAAGACUAUUACUCUUAUCCGGUUGGAAAAUCAAGAAUGGAGCCAUUGGGUAUCGUUGUCUUUGCAGUUGUCAUCACAACAUCGUUCUCUCAGGUGCUUAUAACUUCUAUUGAAAAGUUAACAAGUGGUUCUGCUUCUGAGGAAAUCGACUUGAGCUUGAACGCCCUGAUUGUCCUCGGCAUUAACGUGCUCGUUAAAGCAGCUCUCUGGGUCUGGUGUGUGUCCAUCAAGGGUAGCUCUAGUGUAGAAGCAUUAGCAUAUGAUCACGAAAAUGACGUUGUCUUUACGAUCGCAAGUACACUAUUCCCACUUGUUGGCAAUUGGCUAGGUUGGAAUUGGUUAGAUCCUUUGGGCGCUAUUCUACUUUCGAUUUACAUUAUUUAUGAGUGGAUGAACGUUUUGUUAGAAAACAUAAGGCGAUUAACGGGUCAAGCAGCAAGUGCAGAUGAUAUUAAACAACUGACCUAUAUGGCUUAUCGUUUCUCAAAAAAGAUCACAGCUGUUGACACUGUCAGAGCAUAUUAUAUUGGCGAUAGGUUACUAGUAGAAAUCGACAUCAUUCUACCGCCUGAUUGCCCCCUAAGAGAGGCUCAUGAUAUUGGAGAAGCCUUACAGGAUGCAUUAGAGCUUAUGGAAAAUGUUGAAAGAGCCUUUGUUCAUCUGGAUUACAGUGCUGAACAUGAAAUUGAACACAGAAGAGUGGUUGAUGGUGUUGGAUUCAAUGUAUAA